AUGGCAAUACCUCUCACUGAUCCUACUUGGAGAAUUAUUAACCCUUCUAUGCCGCAAACCAGCCUGGUACAAAUCAGAGAGUUUCUCAGACUUAAAUCAUUGUUGGACCGAUUAUGCACAGAAAUCACUCCCACCAUUCCCUACUGCAAAUUGUGUGCCAAUAAUCUUUCCUGA